UUAUUUAUUUCUUAAUUUCAGAUUAUGUUUGAAACAUUUAAUACACCUGCCUUUUAUGUAUCUAUCCAAGCUGUACUCUCACUGGUCGCCUCUGGUCGGACUACAGGGGUUGUGUUCGACUCCGGUGAUGGCGUUUCACAUGUUGUGCCGAUACAUGAAGGCUAUGCCUUACCACAUGCCAUCAAGAGCGCCGGCCUUGCAGGUAGAGAGAAAACGAACUUCGUGUCAGAGGUGAUACGACUUAGCCAGCAGCAGCAGGCUUCUACUUUUGUUAUAUUAAUUCUAUUAAAUUAUGUUUUAGCUGAGAUGGAGAUUGUUAGAGACAUAAAGGAAAAGCUGGCAUAUGCCGCUUUAGAUUUUGAACAGGAAAUGAAUACGUCUGCAAAUUCUUCACAGAUUGAAAAAUCGUAUGAACUACCCGAUGGUCAAGUUGUAACCAUUGGUAACGAAAGAUUCCGGUGUGUAGAGAGUAUGUUCCAGCCAUCAUUCUUAGGACUAGAACAGCCAGGUAUCAGUGAACUUGUGUACAACUCUGUUAUGAUGUCAGACAUUGACAUCAGGAAAGAUCUGUAUGCAAACUGUGUUCUGUCUGGAGGCUCAACCAUGUUUCCAGGAAUGGCUGACAGAAUGAAGAAAGAUUUAGACGCUCUUGUACCUUCCACGAUGAAAGUGAAGGUCAUUGCGCCACCAGAACGGAAGUACUCAGUGUGGAUUGGAGGCUCGAUUUUAGCGUCAUUAUCAACCUUCUCUCAGAUGUGGAUCAGCAAACAAGAAUAUGACGAGUGCGGACCUUCCAUUGUUCACCGGAAAUGUUUCUAAAA